UACGCGGACGCUGCGUUUGUGCACAGGGACAGGGACAGAGAGGCCGUAUUGAGGUACCUAGAGAGGCCGCGCUCUCCUGUGUACGUGGUAAAUCUUGACGGUUUAUCAACGUCAAGUGUACAGUGCGAACGCUACUGUAGACUCCAAGGCACGGCAGUUUGUGAUCAUAGGCAGCACAGAAAAUAGAUACUGUAUAACAGCGGCGAUCAGCUCAGUAAUAGGAGCGAUCAGCAUUGACUGCUGUCGCCGCUGCUGCAGCCUCACGUGAGCUAUGGCGCGUGGCGCUUUGAAAGGGCUCAAGCGAACGCGACCAUCAGCUGGAGAAAAAGUGGUUGUCAGGGGACAGCUAGCCCAGGGAGGUGCGGGUCGUUCACCGGGACAGACUGUUGGUUCCCAAGGAGGGGCCUCAAGCCCGAACGCAGGAGCUGAGUUGGAUACCGCGGAGUUGGUGAGCUGGCUCAACUGUGAAUGCUUCUUUUCCCUGGUGUUGGUGGGUCUACUGGCAGCAUUGCCGUUCAACCUUCACACUCAAGAGCUUAUGCAAACGCCGGAGACGUACGUGGCUCGAGCUUUGGAACUGUCAGAAGACGGAGCGUUCGACAAGGCUGCUUCGCUGUACGAGCGCGCUGUCAACAUCGAAGAAACGGCUGAGAGGCAUGUUUUGCUGGGCGAAGCACUGGUUCUAGCGGAGAGGAAAGGUGAAGCCCUUUGGCACUAUGGGCGGGCUGCAGACCUGUACGACGACAGGGAGUACAAGGUGUCGACUCUGGUGAGCCUAGGACAAGUGCAGACCGAGGAAGGCUUUUCCGAUGAUGCCGUGGAAACAUACUUGCAAGUCCUCUCGUUGCAACAAGGCGAGGACCCCGAUGAGGUGGCAGACGCACAUGUGGCAAGGAGCUUGCUUGACAAUCACAACCACUCGGAAGCUGUGGGGCACCUCGAGUUGGCCACCGCUUUGGUUCCGGACUUGACUCAAGCCCAGGAGUUGUUGGCCAACACCCUCCGAGAUAUGGGAUCCGUAGAAGAGGCAAUACGACGGUACAAGAGUAUCAUCGCCCAGCGAUCGACGGAUAUCGGGACGUUGGUGCAACUCGGCUAUGCGUACCACGAGCUGUGUGACUUCUCGCAAGCUCUAGCGAUCUACAAAAAGGCACGAUCGUCGCCCACAAAGGCAGCAGAAAUGGACUACCUCACCGCGGCGUUGCACAGCAAAUCAUUGCGACCCUCUCGGGCCCCCACGGCCUAUGUUGCCGAUCUGUUCGACCUGGAAGCCAGAAAGAACGGGUUCUUGGAGUCACAGGCAAAGAGGACCGCUCUUACAAGUGCGGAAGAUUCCGACUCUUCAGAGUCUCCAGGGCCUCUGGCGGAGGCAAGAAGAUCCACCGGCGAUCGUAGCAUGUUUUAUGACGUGCACGGGCUCAUAUUCGAUCGCGUGGCACCCAACAUGAGAUCGAUGAUUGAGGCCGCUCUCGGCUUGCCGACAGACGGAUUGGAUAGGAGGGGACUGCAGUGGUUGGACAUCCUUGACCUCGGGUGCGGGCGAGGCACGAUGGGGAGCCAAUUGAAACAACUCGCCAAUUUCAUCACAGGAGUCGACCUCUCCGAGAGAGCCAUCCAGCACGCGUUACGAGAAGGGUCAUACGACAGUAUCCAGCAUGGAGACGCCAUCGCUGUUGUGAACACGAUGCUGCCGAACAGUUUCGACCUCGUAGUGGCGGCCGACAUGGUGCCGUACUUCGGCGACCUAGGCGACUUGUUCCGGGCCAUCGCGGCUGUGACGAGGCCAGGCGGGCUGGUUGCGUUCAACGCGGACGCGUUAGACGCUAUUGACGAUGGGUCGGGCGGAGCAAAUGCCGGCGGGAAUGUGCGGGCGUUUGACUUGAAGUUCACGGGAAGGUGGAGUCAUCGUCGAAAGUAUGUUACUCAAAGUGUAGCUGCGGCCGGCUUGUCUGUAUUGGGGGUGCGGGUUGUUAAGGGACGAACGAGACUGGUCAGCACAGCGGCUGGAGAGAUCGUGCUGGAAGCAGCUCCACAGGAGCGACGAACAACGAUUUUUUUGUGUGGGAAAGGCACGAUGACGUAGCUCAGAUUAAUUAGACAGGAGGGGAAGGGGGUAGCCGUGUGUUUCAGUUGAGUCUUCGGGAUUUCAUCACUCCAUGGUGUUUCACCUCUCAAUGUUUCCGACUCAGGCUGGUUAUUCAUCUUGACCUCAGAUGGAAAGAUAUGGCGUGGAUAUUGGUUAUGCGUGCAUCAUGUACCACCUGGAAGAAAGGAUCGAGUACGUGCCAAAAAAUUAUGCGUCGUGCAGACUGCUGCUGACGCGGCAUAGGUGGGUAUACGUUCUUGCCAGGUCCCGGAUGUCCGAAGCGCGCUUUUUCGCUGCUGUACUUCGAUGUAGGGUAUAUCAAACACGCAAGAUAUUUCUCUCGAGCUAGUAUCCCGUAAUCAGUAGGGUUGGGGACUGGACCAGUAGAUACAGUAUUCCGUACUGACAGUUUCCUCCUUGGACCGGCACGUCCCACAUUAUGCCUCCUGAACCACACAUGGAAACCACCACAGUGCGCGGCAUGCGAUGAGAGAGAAGUGCAGGCACGAAGCAUACACGCCGGCGAUCGAGGGGAGGUGCAACUGUGCGCUCGAUGGACGAACUUGUCACUAUAAGAGCAGCGAUGUGCUUGCUCUUUGUGUCACCAUAUAUGUUUGCUCACGAAGUUUCUUUUUGGUGGAGGUCGGUCAAGUAGUGAGUAGGUUGGUGGAGCUACGGCAGAGUGGUACUCGCUUGUACGGGUGGAUCGCAAAAUAAUGUGACUUUCUUUCGUGGCUUUCAGCCGGGAUGUAUUGUUGAAGGAAAGUGAGCACCAUGAAAAAAAAUGGCAACCAUCUUGAGAAGGUGUUCAAGGUGAUAGUUUGGAC